AUGGCCGAACAGCCCUACGAUAGGUUGAGCUUCAUCCUUUGGUUGAUAUGGUACUAUCCGGGCACGAUCGUCACAACGUGCGUACUUUGCCAUGUUGCAGCAAGGGCUGCGGAGGACGCCACAGCACGAAAAAUUGAUCACUCCGCUGUUCAGAUCCGCCACGAGAUCCCCACCGAAGCUAGGAAGCCCGGAGAUGCUUCAGGAUCCGAUUCAAUCCUGCUUCGAGCCCAGGACACGGACGAAGGGGCUCUGAAAAGGCUGUCUCGUGUUGACGAACAACCAUAUUUAGGACCGGGCUCUGCGACACAACAGGAAAAUCAUCACGGCUCACGCUCAAAGACAUCUUCGGUGACUCUGAUGAAGAUCGCCAUCUUCUGGCAGGGGGUUCAGAUCUUGCUUCUUGAGAGGAUGGGACGUAUGGCAGCGAGGGAGCGAACUCUGACUGGAGAUCCCAUCUUUGUCUCUGUCGUUAUCUUAGCCCUCUGCACAACCCUCGUCUUGUUGUCAGCCGCUAGACUCCAAGACCGUUGGAAUGAGGCCAGGAUUGGCAAGACUGGAGCUGGAGCAGAUCUGGGAGAAGAAAUGAAGAAGUCAAGGCCUACGUCAAGACUAAUAUUGGCCGCUGUGCUUCUAGUGUCACUACCAUGGUAUGAGUUGUUGACUGCAACACAUUCGCCAUGA